AGGAAGCAAUACUCACCGGAAGUGAGGUGGCCUACUGGAGAGCAAGCGAGAAAUAAACACGUAGCCGACAAGUGGUGGUCGCCUACGAGAGAUUUGAAGCAUAAAAAUACAAACAGAUGGAAGAUUAGACACGACACGCAGCUAUUAAAAGCCAAAAGUAACAUAUACAGCGGAGUUUUGCGGCGGAAGUACAAGAUGGUGCGAGCAGCUCUCGUGACGACCACCAGUCUGGCUUUGACUGGGGCAGUAAUUGCCCAUGCCUACUUUCUCAAGAACCAGUUCUACCCGACUGUGGUAUACCUUACCAAAAGCAGCCCUAGUAUGGCAGUUUUAUACAUUCAGGCUUUCGUGUUGGUAUUCCUACUGGGAAAAUUUAUGCGGAAGGUCUUUUUCGGCCAGCUGAGAGCCGCUGAAAUGGAGCACCUGAUCGAGCGCUCCUGGUAUGCUGUAACAGAGACAUGUUUAGCCUUCACGGUGUUCAGGGAUGAUUUCUCUCCUCGCUUUGUGGCCCUGUUCACUUUGCUGCUGUUCCUCAAGUGCUUCCACUGGCUGGCUGAAGACAGGGUGGACUUUAUGGAAAGGAGUCCAAACAUCUCCUGGGUCUUCCACUUCAGAGUUCUCUCUUUGGUGGGGUUGCUGGGAGUUUUAGACUUUAUGUUUGUCAAUCAUGCGUGCCAUAGCAUCAUCACCAGAGGAGCAUCAGUGCAGCUGGUGUUCGGAUUUGAGUAUGCAAUACUGAUGACUAUGGUUCUCACCACCUUCAUCAAAUACACUCUACAUACAGUUGACCUCCAAAGUGAAAACCCAUGGGACAAUAAGGCUGUCUACAUGUUGUACACAGAACUCUUUACCGGUUUUAUAAAGGUGAUUUUGUAUAUGGCAUUCAUGACCAUAAUGAUAAAAGUGCACACAUUUCCUCUGUUUGCCAUCCGGCCCAUGUAUCUCGCGAUGAGGCAAUUCAAGAAGGCUGUAACAGACGCCAUCAUGUCUCGACGAGCCAUCCGUAAUAUGAACACUCUCUAUCCCGAUGCCACCCCUGAAGACUUGCAGGCCACCGACAAUGUGUGCAUCAUCUGCCGUGAAGAGAUGGUGACUGGAGCUAAGAAACUUCCCUGCAACCACAUCUUUCACUCAAGUUGCCUUCGCUCGUGGUUCCAGAGACAGCAGACCUGUCCAACCUGUCGUAUGGAUGUUCUUCGAGCAUCCCAGCCAAACCAGACUCCUCCUCCAGCUCCUGCGCAGGCACCCGCCCCUGCUGCUCCUGCCGCUGUCCCUCCACCAGUCAACGUUGCCCAAGGUAUGUUGCCUCAGUUUCCUCCGGGAAUGUUCCCAUUUUGGGGUCCUUUCCCUGGGGCACCUCCACCUGCUCCCCCUGCUGCUCAGGCAGCCACUGACCCUCCACAGCACGGCACAAAUGGAGUGCAAACGCAAGGAGCAGGAGCCAGCAGCUCUACACAGCCUUCUGCAGAUAGCGCUUCACCAGCUCCAGGAGCCAUGCCUGGAUUCCCAUUUUCAAUGCCACCCCCUUUCCCAUCAGCCCCAUGGUUGCCGAUGCCUCCUCCCCCACCCUUCAUGUCAUCCAUGCCACCUCCACCAGCAUCUCUGUCCACCAUGUCAGAAGCUGAGCUCAGAGAACUGGAGCAGGAGGGCAGGAGAGGUUUAGAAGCCAGACUGCAGUGCCUUCACAACAUCCACACAUUGCUGGAUGCUGCUAUGCUCAACAUUCACCACUACCUCAGCACGGUGGCUACAUUAAGUCCUCCUAGAUCAGAAACUAACACAGGUGAGACAAGUGCAGCAGCGAAUGAGGAGUCCUCUCCCUCCACCGACAACUCGGAAAUCCCCAGUCAGGAAAAUGAGACUCAAAGUACUGGACCUGUAAAUGGAGCUACUGGUUUUUCCCAACCAGAUUCCACCACAGAAGCGGACAAGGAAAAUGAGGGAGAGUGUGAUGAUGACGGUGAGCCAGGUGCCGCCGAGUUGAGAAGGCGUCGUCUUCGCAAGCUGGAGACUGCUCAGACCCCUGACCACUGAUGAUGUCAUCCAUAAAACCAUGCAAUUGACUUCUGACAGUAGGAAUGCUUCUCACUGACUCCCCAGGGCACUUGGCAUGCGGAGAUGUCAAAUAAUUCAAGAAAAGCUUAUGUGUUCUUACAUGUUACUUAAGUGGGGCACAUCAAGACACCUUCAUGUGUACGGAAAAUACUCAGGUAGAGAACUGGAUUCUGGGUAAUUUUGCAACAAGGAUAAGGAAUGAAAAACUUGCAUCCUGAAGGUCAGCUGUCACGUUUGAUUUAAGUAUUUGGUCAGACUUUAAGUUCUGAAUGUGAUUUCUGGUUCUCAGCGGCUAAUUUAAAGGAUGCGUCUUCAAAGAACAAGGUCUGUGGAUUUCUCAUGUGCCCUUAAAAUUUGAUGUUUUCCCCUUUUUUCUGUAUUUUUAUUAUUUCUAGUUCUGUGUGAUUGAUUUUUCAUAGAUCAGAUUGGGUUGUGUUUGAGAGCUCAUAAACCAAACAUCUGAGUAAAUUUAUUUCUGUACAUAAUGUAUAAAGUGUUUUAUUGGGAGGAUCUGUACAUACUGCAAAUAAACUGUACGAGAAAUAUUCGGAA